AUGUCGCCGCCUUCAAUCGCUCAACUACUUCCGCAGGCGGAAACACGUUCUGCCGCCACCAAAGAUGGAAGCCAUCCACAGUCUCAAUGCCCGAAGCAACACCACACUUUCCCCUCAGAAGCUGACUCUCUUGCCUACGCCCAGUCCCUCGAUGCGAAUUGUCCCAUGCGCAAAUUCCGCAACGAGUACAUCAUUCCUUCCAAAGACAACCUAAAAUCCAAAGAUAUCAAGGAUCUGUCGGUACCAGCUGAUCCUACCGACCCGGCCAUCUAUUUCUGCGGCAACUCUCUCGGCCUGCAGCCCAGGCGAACAGCCUCGUACAUCAGCACUCACCUCAAUCUCUGGUCUCACCUCAAUGUCCACGGCCACUUCCGCCCCGUGGCCUCCUCUCCGCUCGCUCCUUGGCAAGAGCUGGCAGACCAGGCAUCCACACUGUCCGCGCCCAUUGUCGGUGCGCAACCCUCUGAAGUCUCCAUGCAAAACACCCUGACUGUGAACCUGCACCUGCUUCUUGCUUCUUUCUACCAACCUACGUCCACCCGCCACAAGAUCCUGCUCGAGCAUCAUGCCUUCCCCUCGGACCACUACGCGGUCGAAUCUCAGAUUCAAUGGCACGGCCGCGAUCCCGCCGAAUCCAUGCUUCUCCUGCGCCCCAAAGAAGGGGAGCAUGUCCUGUCUACGCAACAAAUCCUCGACACCAUCACACAGCAUGCCGACGAGAUUGCCCUCAUCCUCCUCCCAGGCAUUCAGUACUACACCGGCCAAUUCCUCGACAUUCCCACCAUCACCGCGCACGCGCAUUACCACAAUCUCCUCAUCGGCUGGGAUCUCGCACAUGCAGCAGGAAACGUGCCACUGCAACUGCACGACUGGGACGUCGACUUCGCCGCCUGGUGCACGUACAAGUACAUGAACUCCGGGCCCGGCGGCAUGGGUGGCCUGUUCGUACAUGACCGACACGGCAAAGUCGAGCGAUCCGCCACCACAGACACCGACGACGGCAACGACACCACAUCCAACCUGAAGUUCCGCCACCGUCUGACAGGCUGGUACGCAGGCGACCGCGCCAGCCGCUUCAACAUGGACAACCGCUUCGUGCCCAUCGAGGGCGCCAAGGGCUUCCAAGUCAGCAACCCCAGCGCCAUCGACCUGGCCAGCCUAGUGGCCUCGCUUUCGGUGUUUGCCGAGACCAGCAUGGCCGAUCUGCGCGAGAAGAGCCUCAAGAUCACCGCGUACGCCGAACACCUGCUGGGCACGGAUGUGCCGAUGCUAGACUCGGAUAAAGGCCCGGCGUACGAGAUCAUCACCCCCCGGGACCCAGAGCAGAGGGGCGCCCAGUUGAGCGUGCUGUUCAAGAAGGAGGGGCUGCUUGAGAAGGCGGGCGAGCGGAUGCAGCACGAGGGCGUCGUGGCGGAUCAGCGCAAGCCGGACGUGUGUCGCGUGGCACCUGCGCCCAUGUAUAAUUCGUACGAGGAGGUCUGGAGGGUUGUGCGCAUUAUCAAGGAGGCGUGUCGCGCUUAG